GAAGUCUUCUAUUUUUUCAUUUCAUCAAAUGUUUUCAUCGCUGAAUUAAAUGUUAAAUAUAUUAUUUAAUUAAAAAUAUUACAAUUUAUCAAUAUGUUUUUCCAUUGUCAAAUAGUUAACAACAUCACUGGUUGAUUAAAACAAAAUUAAUAAUUAAACAUAUAAAGUAGUAAAUCUAAAAAGGCCGCACUCAUUUACCAAACCUAAAGUCAACCUUUCUUUAUAUUCUCUUGACAUUUUUUCCUCUUUUGUUCUUUACGUUUUUUUAUACAAUUACACAUAUAUUUAUAUAUAUACAUAUAAUAAUCUUAAUUAUAUUUAUAUAUAUAUAACAAUUAAAUUAAUGGCUCCCGUUGAUCCAACGGAAUUAAUCAAGGCAUUCAAGCCUUGCCUGACUGAAUUAGGUGGCAUCAAGUCAAUCUCAAAUGUGCCUAAAUUAUUCAAUCUAAUGAAAAGAUAUUCCAAAAAAUUGGUCAGCCGUUGUAUUUUCUGUAGUAUACUUCUGUCAACAGAACCGGACAUUUUACAAUGUUUUCUAGAGGAACAAGAUGGAUGGGAAUUAAUAAAUGCUUGGUUAAAAGAAGGACUCAAAGGAGAAAAUUAUCCGUACAUAUGCGAACUGAUUGACCUUCUUGACAAGUGCCCUAUGACAGUUGAGAGGUUAAAAAAGAAUGAUACACCAAAGUUAGUUAAACAGCUAGCUAAAACUGCUGACAAGGAGAUUUCUGAUAAAGCAAAAACUGUGGUUACCAAAUGGUAUGGAUUGAUCAAAGCGAAUGAAAAUAUUAACAAUGGCAACUUAGCUCGCAAAAAAAGAAAGAAAGAUAAGUCUAUUGACGAUGAAGACAGCAGUGAUUCAACAAAGUUACGAAAGGUUAAAGGUGGAGGUGUAUUGCAACAACAAGCUUCAGUUAAUGAUGCCACUGUUACUAAUAGUUCAUCUGGUGACACUGCAAACAAACCAACGUCAACAACUAAAUCCAUAGAGGACGAUGACAGUGUUACAUCUAGUAGUAAAUCCGAACAGCGACCAAGAACGGCGAAGGUUUCUUUCGGUAAAUCUCGAGGUUUAGGCCUUUUGGAAGACAGUAGUACUGGCUCUAGUAAACUCAAAGGUUCAAGCAAAAAAGGUGAAGAACCUCAUUCAACUACAGACAAAUCUGGUCCUGGUAAAAAUACCAAGUUAAACAGCAAAUCAGCUGACAGUUCCGCUUCAGUUUCUAGUAGUGGUCAAGCCGUUCAAGCAAAAACAGUCGCCACAGCUAAACCCAAGCAUACUCUUAAAGAGGCAGUUGGUUUUAUCACAGACAUUGUAAAUCUUUCAACCGUCGGUCCAGUCAGAAAAAGAAGAAAGUCUGAAUCGAGAUCAAAAUCUACAACAACAGGUAGUAAUGCUGCCAAAGAUUCAGGUUCGGUCGAAAGUUCCAAUAAUGGAGAUGAACAGGGUCAAGAACCAAUGGAUACCGAUGAUCUAUCAGAUGAGAUGGACGACGAAAGGGUAGCAUCAGCAUCAGGAGAUGAUUCUAAUAGUAAUGCUGGCAAUAAUAAUAAUAAUAUUAAUAAUCUUAAUAGUAAUAAUAAUGAUGAUGAUAGAUUACCAAUUGUUGACGUUCCUGAAAUAGAUAAUCUUGUAAUUCCUGAGAUUGAUGCUAGUAAAUUACCAGGUGUUUUCAAAUCUAUUCUUAGCUAUGGUAGACCAUCCAAUAAAUCUAAAAAAUCUGUUAGAUGGAGAGCGGAGGAUAGGCUUAAAGAAAUCAGAUUCUUUGAGCUUGACGAAACUGAAAGAGCCAAUGUGUCUAAAGGUAAUUUUGGUGAUUACAGAUCUAUUGAUAUAAAAAAUGAACGUCAAAUGUUACAACAAAUAAGGAAUAAGGGUAUACCAGUUGUCCCUGGGUCAUCAGGGACACCAAUAGCAGCACCAACAGCAGAAAAGUCGGUUUCUUAUCUUCCUUGGAGACUAAUUUUAAUUGAGCUACCUCCAGGAUUGCCUUUAACAGAAGCCGGAAGUCAAUCCGAAGAAAAACGAAUUCAAGCCGAAGCAACAAGAAACUCUUUGAACAGCGACUUCUUCCCAACUAUUGGAACUGCUCCCGAGUAUUAUCCCAAGGAACCUGAUCUUCUCGAACCAAGUGAAAACAUUACUGGACCUCGAAAAAUUCCAUUAGAGGAUGAAAACUUCACAGUCAACGACUUUUCUCAAGUACCACCUCCUCAGCCAAAGACUGGUGAAUCUUACUCUGCUAAUCGAGGAUCAGUCCCCGGUCCAACAGUUCCUGUCCCAGGGUCGUUCCAUACUCCAGUUCCUGGUAUGGGGGGACCUCCAAGACCUCCAGGUGGUCCUAUUCCUAGGACACCUUAUCCUCCUGCAGGAUUUGUGCCACCAGUGGCAGGAUACCCACCUUACGCUGGACCUUACACUCCUCCUGUUGCUGCUAUUCCACCCGGUUCUGGUCGCCUCAUUCCACCUCGUCCAAUACCUCCUGCUGGGUUUCAACCACCUCCUGGUGCUUGGCAAUCUAGACCGCGAGUGCCUCCAAUUUGUCGUAAUUUCCUUAAAAAUGGAAACUGCCGGUUCAUGGCCCGUUGUAAUUAUCUUCAUCAAUAUCCGAACUCGAACAAUUCUCAUGGACCAAAUCCAUCAUCAAGUCAACCUCAUAUGGAAUAAAGGAAUCGAGUCGGUUCUUCUUUUUGUUGCUCUUCUCUACAAUCUGUAUUUCAUCUUUACUCUCGUCAUACCUCAUUCAUCUUUACAUUGUAGCUUUGCCAUUUCUCCUCAUCUCUUUCAUCACUCUUGACACUCAUCAUAUCCUCUCGAACGAAAUCUCUUCAUGUCUUUCUCUACCUUUUGCUCUUCUAAUCAUUUAUCCCUUCCAACUUUUGUAAUUAAUUGGUAUGAUCAGUUCGAGAAUUUUUCUAAUGCAAAUUUUGUCACUUCUUUGUAUGUUGUAAUAAGGGCAAUAACGAUCAUCCUGACGAUUCUACCAUUCUUCUUAAACCUCUCCACUCAUCAUUAUCAUCAUCACACCUACUCAAACCUUUGUCUUGUUGUUAAUUGAGAAACUUUACCUGUUAAAUCAAAAAUUAACCUUUUCCAGUUCGUCUAUCUCUUUAUUUCCAUUCAAUAUAAAAUUGUUUCACAUUUGUUUUGUAGAUAGACUUCUCUCUAUCUCCCUAUGAUUUUUCCCUUUCCAAUUCCUCCCAAAAAAUUAAGAUGUAAAUAGAAAUUACUCUAAAAUUGCAAAAAGAUUAUGUUUAACUAAGAAAGAAACAAAAAUAAUGAUAAAAAUGCAAAUGAAAAAAUUAGAAUGAACUUA